UCAUUCAUGUACGCCCUUGCUCUCUCCUCCAUCAACAGUUUCCACUCUCUCUCUAAGCAGAGACCUGUAGAAGAAGAAAAGUGAAGCAACAAUGGCUGCCGUCAGAUCUUCGGCCGUCUGGAUCUCCCUCGUCGUCAUUAUCCUCCUCUCCAUCUCCGCCUCCUCCGUCUGCGGCGCGUCGCACCAGCACGCGGCGCCGGCGCCGGCGGCCGACUGCUCGACGCUGAUAGUGAACAUGGCGGACUGUCUAACGUUCGUCUCGAGCGGAAGCUCGACGGCUAAGCCGGAAGGAUCGUGCUGCGCCGGUCUGAAGACGGUGCUUAAGACCGACGCCGAGUGUCUCUGCGAGGCCUUCAAGAGCAGCGCUUCUCUCGGCGUUACGUUGAACGUCACUAAGGCACUCACUCUUCCCGCCGCAUGCAAGCUUCGCGCUCCUUCCAUCUCUAACUGCGGAUUGUCUGCUCCUCCUGCCACCGCCCCAGGUCUAGCCCCGGCGGCUGGGCCAGAAGCAGCAGGAGCCAACGGUCUGGCCCCGACCCCAUCUCAAGGGAGCUAUGCUUCGUCCUUGGUUCCGGUCUCGGUCUCGGUGUGGGUGGCAUCAGUAGUCAGUGGUGUAUUGGUUCUAUGGUUCUCUCCUGUCUAAAAGCGGGCCUUACCAGUUUUAUAUAGACCGAUGUCUUUCUAACGGUAAGGGUUAGAGCAGUUUUCCCAUGUGUUGUGGAGUUUGCUGCUUAUGUUGCUGUUUCUAUAAAACUCGGUUUCAGUGAGUGAACUCUUUUUGUUUUUAAUAUUUGGUAUAAUAUUUGGCAAUAUUUAGAACAUUUCGGGUUUAAACUCUAGUUGAUGAUCCAGAUGGAAUGGUUUGCUUUUCAA